CCAGCCGAGGUGCAGAGCGAGAUCGAGCGCAUCUUCGAGCUGGCCAAGUCCCUGCAGCUGGUGGUGCUGGACGCCGACACCAUCAACCACCCAGCCCAGCUGGCCAAGACCUCUCUGGCGCCCAUCAUCGUCUACGUCAAGGUGUCCUCACCCAAGGUCCUGCAGCGGCUCAUCAAGUCCCGUGGCAAGUCCCAAGUGAAGCACCUCAACGUGCAGAUGAUGGCGGCUGACAAGCUGGUGCAGUGUCCCCCGGAGCUCUUCGACGUGAUCCUGGACGAGAACCAGCUGGAGGACGCCUGCGAGCACCUGGCCGAGUACCUGGAGGU